UCUCCUCCGCCCCCCUCCCCGCGGCCAGGUUGCAUGCAUUGUCUGUCUCCCAAGAUGGUUUGUGAGACCAAGAUCGUGGCGGAAGAUCAUGAGUCAAUCCCGGGAUCCAAAAAAGACACGAUCAUUGUUUCUUCCUCCCAGAUGUGGCCCUCUUUGGCGGGCUCCCCUUCCUCCCCCCCGCCCCCCCUCGGCUCCCCAAAAGAGGACCCCCGGCGCGACAAUGUCUAUAUCCGCGAAUUCCACCCCUCCGAGCAGGAGGUGGUGCGCCGCAUAUUUUACGAGGGUAUCAUGGAGCGGAUCCCCAACACGGCGUUCAGGGGGCUGAAGCAGCAGCCCCUCACUCAGCUGCUCUACGGGCUGCUGGCGGUAAUAUGCUUUGUUGUGACCAAGUCCUUCCUGCUGACCUGCUGUUUGCCCAUCUUUCUGAUGGGCAUGAGGUACUACUUCAGUAGAAAAGUUAUCCUCCACUAUCUCGAUUGUGCGCUGCAUACGGACAUGUCCGAUAUUGAGCAAUAUUACAUGAAACCGCCAGGCUCCUGCUUCUGGGUCGCUGUCCUGGACGGCAACGUGGUGGGGAUUGUGGCAGCGCGGGGCAACGAGGAGGACAACACGGUGGAGCUGCUCCGCAUGUCCGUUGACUCCAACUACCGCGGAAAAGGGAUCGCCAAGGCCCUGGGCCGGAAAGUGCUGGAGUUUGCCAUGCUCAACAACUACUCCUCCGUCGUGCUGGGAACCACGGCCGUGAAGAUGGCAGCCCACAAGCUCUACGAGUCCUUGGGGUUCAAGCACGUGGGUGUCGUCGAACAUUACGCCCUGCCAGGGAUGACACGCUCCUUACUGGAGAGAAUGUUUUUCCAGCUCCGCUACCACCGCUACCGCCUGCAGCUGCGGGAAGAAUAAAAAAAAGCCCCAACUAACCAAACAAAAAAAAAUAUUAUUUUUUUCUUUUUUUUCCCCUCCUUCUCCUCCCCCGUUCAAAAAUAAUAAAUUGCCCUUCUAUUUCUGGUCACUGUCGAUUUGCCAAUUUCGGGUUGAGUUUUGGUUCCCUCAUGCCAUCUUUUGGUUUGCUCCGUGCAGCUCGAUCGUCCGGCCGAGCCGCGCUCCUUCCUCGCAUGCUGUAGGUGGUGGCGCUGGGAGUCCUGCGGACCGAACCCGACCUGACCUGACCGGCGGCCUCUCCUUCCCAGGUACCUCCGUAAAGCACAGAAACUUUCAACUGCAAAAUAGUACCACUGCUCCGGUGUACAUAGCCGCCUCCUUUUCCAAGUGUAAGAUAACAUAGCGACGCAUUCACAAUAGCGCAGGAAUAUUACUUGAAUGCAGUUUUCAGUAUUUCAUGCACCAGUAAGUAGAAUAUGCAUUCGUCUUACUGUUAUUUACUGGUUAAUAGUUUUCAAAAAAAAAAAAAAAAAAAGAAAAAAAAAAGAAAAAAAACCCAAACAAACCAAGGUGGGGGGCCAGAUCCGCCCCCCCUCCCCAACCCGCUUGCUACAAUGCAUGAAGAGGAAAGCGCGCGCACGCACUCGCACACACGGCACUGCCACCACGGCACUGGUGUUGCACUUUUUUUUUUUUUUUUUUUUUUUUUUUGAGGUUGGCGGGGCGAUGUGCCUCAUUCUGCCAAAUGUCUGAGAGACCCCGGGUGCAUCCGGUAACCACGACUCCGCUCCAUUCCCCCCCUCGACCC